AUGGAACAUCCCUGUUCAUUCCUGCUACUCUGUGUUAGCUUUCUGUUCGUGCAGGCUUUACCACCAAAUGGAACUGAAUUACCCAAACCCACCACAACGACAAACUCUACAGAGGAGAACAAUUUACACAAGGACCUGCUAACUUCCAUGCUGAUCUUGCUGCUGGUGUUCAUCGUCUUCAUUCUGUUGGCUGGCUAUUUUUUCAGGUUCAGAAGACAUCGGAAAGCUGUUGUGAACUCCGGUGACAAAAAGAUGCCAAAUGGGAUCUUAGAAGAACAAGAACAGCAAAGGGUGAUGCUGCUCAGCAGGUCUCCUUCAGGCCCAAAGAAGUAUUUCCCUAUUCCAGUAGAAAAUCUUGAAGAGGAAAUAAGGAUCCGAUCAGCAGAUGAAGGGAAACUGUUCCGGGAGGAGUUCAAUUCAUUAACACCUGGAUAUGUGCAGGGGACAUUUGAAAUGGCAAAUAAGGAAGAAAACAGGGAGAAAAACAGAUAUCCUAACAUCCUUCCAUAUGAUCAUUCCAGAGUGAUUUUGUCCCAAAUAGAUGGAGUCCCACCUUCAGACUACAUUAAUGCGUCAUAUAUAGAUGGUUAUAAAGAAAAGAAUAAAUUUAUAGCAGCACAAGGACCCAAGCAAGAAACGGUCAAUGACUUCUGGCGGAUGAUAUGGGAGCAGAAGUCUGCAGUUAUCGUCAUGUUAACAAACUUGAAAGAAAGGAAAGAGGAGAAAUGCUAUCAGUAUUGGCCUGAUCAGGGGUGCUGGACUUACGGGAACAUCCGCGUGUCGGUGGAAGAUUGCAUCGUUCUCGUGGACUACACCAUUCGCAAGUUCUGCGUUCAGUCGCUGCAUGACGGUUGUAAAGCACUGAGGCUUGUCACACAGCUUCACUUCACCAGCUGGCCUGAUUUCGGAGUGCCUUUCACACCUAUUGGGAUGCUGAAAUUCCUGAAGAAAGUCAAAACGUUGAAUCCUGCCCAUGCUGGGCCAGUAGUGGUUCACUGCAGCGCUGGUGUGGGCCGAACAGGCACGUUUAUCGUUAUAGAUGCCAUAAUAGACAUGAUGCAUGCUGAACAGAAAGUUGAUGUUUUUGAGUUUGUUUCAAGAAUCCGUAACCAGCGUCCGCAGAUGGUUCAGACUGACAUGCAGUACUCCUUCAUUUAUCAAGCCUUACUUGAAUACUACCUCUACGGCGACACGGAGCUAGAUGUGUCAUCCUUAGAAAAACAUCUACAGACAUCACACAGUGCAGCGCCAAACCUUGUCAAAAUAGGGCUGGAAGAAGAAUUUAAAAAAUUAACGAACGUCCGAAUAAUGAAAGAAAACAUGAGAACUGGCAACCUUCCAGCAAAUAUGAAAAAAGCUAGAGUCAUCCAGAUUAUCCCAUAUGAUUUUAAUAGAGUGAUUCUGUCAAUGAAAAGAGGGCAGGAGUAUACAGACUACAUCAAUGCUUCCUUCAUAGAUGGCUAUCGCCAGAAGGAUUACUUCAUUGCCACUCAAGGACCGCUGCCCCAUACCGUGGAGGAUUUCUGGCGGAUGGUGUGGGAGUGGAAGUGCCACACCAUCGUUAUGCUCACAGAAGUUCAAGAGAGGGAACAGGAAAAAUGCUUCCAGUACUGGCCAUCAGAGGGCUCAGUAACUCACGGAGACAUAAAUGUAGAAAUAAAGAAUGACAGUCUUUUAGAUGCCAUAAGUGUAAGAGACUUCAUAGUUACAUAUAAUCAGGGUAACCACGAGAAGCAAAGCAGGCUGGUUCGGCAGUUCCACUUCCAUGGCUGGCCAGAAAUUGGAAUCCCUGCUGAAGGAAAAGGGAUGAUUGACCUGAUCGCAGCUGUCCAAAAGCAGCAGCAGCAGACAGGGAAUCACCCGAUCACCGUGCACUGCAGCGCUGGUGCUGGCAGAACAGGUACGUUCAUAGCACUCAGCAAUAUCCUGGAACGAGUGAAGGCUGAAGGGCUCCUCGAUGUAUUUCAAGCUGUGAAGAGCUUAAGACUGCAGAGGCCACAUAUGGUGCAAACACUGGAACAGUAUGAAUUCUGCUACAGAGUGGUACAAGAUUUCAUCGACAUAUUUUCCGACUAUGCUAAUUUCAAAUGAAAAUUCCUGCCUUAUUUUUUAAUUUGUCUGUAUAAAUAGUUGUAUAUUAUAUUAAUUUAUUCCAUGUCAUUUUGAUUGACUUUUAUUGUAAAUAUGCCUUUGUGUUUGCUCUAAAAGUUGCAUUUGCUGUACAAAAUUAUUUCUGAAAUAUAAAUAUCUUCUAAAGC